GGUGGGCGUCCCAGCUGCUGGCUCUGCUCUUCUACCUCCGUCCUUUUCACCCCCCCAGGCCCAUUACUCUUUUUUCUGGGACCGCUGACUGGGCCGUACCUCGCACAGCGUCAGGUCCUUCUCCCCGGCUCCCCUCCCCCAGCCCCGUCGCUCCGCCCCCGCUGGGCUGGGCGACCGGGGUCAGGGGCCGAGCGGAGCGGGAUGUCAUUUAGUAUGGAAGAAGAUGAGUUCUUUGGAGAAAAAACAUUCCAGCAUUGUUGUGCAGAAUUCAUUAAACAUUCACAGCAGAUAGGUGAUGGCUGGGAAUGGAGAACUUCAAAGGACUGUUCUGAUGGCUACAUGUGCAAAACACAUUUUCAAAUUAAAAAUGGGACUGCAGUGUCACAUCCAGAAACAUCUGCCCAUGUGCAGACAUGUCUUCCCAUGGAGGAGGCUUUAGAGCCACCCCUGGAUGAUUCUGAAGUGACAGAGACCGACACGGCAACCGAAGUGAUUAAAUAUGAAUAUCAUGUCUUAUAUUCCUGCAGCUACCAAGUGCCUGUGCUUUACUUUAGGGCAAGCUUUUUAGAUGGAAAACCUUUAGCUCUGAAGGACCUAUGGGAAAGAGUUCAUGAGUGCUAUAAGACACGGCUGCUGCAGGGACCAUGGGACACAAUUACCCAACAGGAGCACCCCAUACUUGGACAGCCCUUUUUUGUACUGCAUCCCUGCAAGACAAGUGAAUUCAUGACUCCUGUGUUCAAGAGUUCUCAAAAAACCAAGAGGAACGUCAACUAUAUCACGUCAUGGCUGAGCAUCGUAGGGCCGGCUGUUGGGCUGAAUCUGCCUCUGAGUUAUGCCAGAGCUGCCUCUCAGGAUGCAUGAAAUGUCAAUGGACCAGGUAGAAAGAGAAGUUGGUGCUGCAUGUUUUGCCGUUGCAGAGAUCCUGGUGUCUCUCUUGCCCUCCUGGCACCACCAUCUGCUUUCGUCUUUAACAGGCUGGACAUUGAAUUGUUUGCCUAGUUUCCCAGCCAACCACAUUCCCAUCAUUUAGGAAGCUUUUGACUUUAUUUUAAUAACACUCACCCAGCCAUAGGGCUGGGUGGCUUUAUUUUAGAAUUGAUAUUCUUAAAACAAGCCUUUAUUGCUCAGUUAA